UAUACGACAAAAUGCGGAAGUUACAUUAAAAUUCCAUGUCUCAAAACUAACAUCAAGAUUUCUUUUGGCGGAUAUAUUCAUCAUCGCUUCCUUCAUCAAAGGUUACACAUACAUUUGAUAAACAUUAGUUGUUCUCAAUUCGGCUGAUUAUCCUCAGAAGAUAAUUUUCAAUGGAAGUGUUUGUGUUAGUUCUUGCUGUAUUGGUAUCAGUUGAAGCUAUAGAUUAUAAUUGUCAUGGAAACGUGUCUGCCCUACAUCCUAAAGGCAUGGCUCCUAAGUAUGGUGGAAUGGCAGCAUCCCAUCUCGCCAUUGACCAGGAUAUAUCUGAAAUAGAUAAACGAAAGUCAUGUUAUCUGAAAGCAGCAGCUAAUAACUGCAUACAUCCAGCUGUGAUAGCAGGUAUAGCUAGCAGAGAGUCCCGGGCUGGAAAGAUGCUGUACAAAACCAAUGGUUGGGGUGAUCAUCAUCAUGCUUAUGGCAUCAUGCAGUGCGAUGUACGAGUGGACCCGCUACACCCUUACCACAAAAACUGUACAUCUUACCUAUGGUACAGUUGUGAUCAUAUCAACGCCAUGACAAAAUAUGUCUUAGUACCAUACAUAGAGGCUGUAAAGCAUAAACUACCAUCAUGGUCGGAUGCACAAGCACUACAAGGUGGAGUGGCAGCAUACAAUUUUGGAGUACGCAAUGUAAGGACCUGGGAUAAAUUGGAUAUUGGAACUACACAUAAUGAUUAUAGUAACGACGUAAUUGCACAGGCGCAGUGGUUAAUCAAUCGGUAUCAAUGGUAGAAUUGGAAUAUUUCAAACUCUAAAAAUAAAAAUAAAUGAAUAA